GGUUGGCUUUAGUGUGAUUUGAAUGGGCGUGAGAGAGAGCGUGAGGGACUGAGCAAAUCAACCUGCCUCUUUUGACUGAACAACGCGAUGGAAGAGCUGAGCUCCUAGCCACACUGAUCAGAGAGGAGUUUUAUUUUUGGAGAGAGGAAGAAGGGAGCAGACAAGGGGAACCGAAGAGGGACGAGGAGGAGAAAAGACAUCAGAGUGGGGAUAGAUAGCAGAAAAAUGCUGUCAUGGGGAGAGGGGAAGGGAGCAGACAGAAAGGAACAGAAUGAGACCAGGCAGGGUGGAGCGGAGCUGAAAUGUGGAGGUGUCCAGUGGAAGAGACCAAAGAGAAGCAAGCAGGUGCUGAGGGGUGGGAGCUGAUGGAUGACAGAUCAGAGAGGCCAACACACACGCAAAUCCUCCCCAACCCAGAGGACAGAGAGCUGGACCAAACCACGACUGGACCACACUACGACUGGACCACACUACGACUGGACCCCACCACGACUGGACCACACCACGACUGGACCACACCACGACUGGACCCCACUACGACUGGACCCCACUACGACUGGACCCCACCACGACUGGACCCCACCACGACUGGACCCCACUACGACUGGACCCCACCACGACUGGACCCCACCACGACUGGACCCCACUACGACUGGACCACACCACGACUGAGGCACACCAGAAUAGUAGUCAUCUGCAAAGCCAAAGCUGGAGGACGUCCUAAAGGAACUUGGAAUGGGUGUACGUUUUCCAGACCUAAAACAUAUUAUUGUAUCUGAUACAGUCAUCUAAUAGUCCUUUGCAUUUUGUUAUUGAAUGUGGAUGAAGACCACGUGUAGUCCUCUUACUCAUCAGGCUUGACACAGUGAGGAGAGAUAGUUGGAGUCGGAGUCUGAGGCACCAUGCAGUCUGACGACCUCUUUCUACGCAAGUUUUGCCGGCAGAGGCCACGACCCCCUCUGACAACGGUCAACUUUGACUCUAAGCGGGAGGGUGGGGUAAGGGCGCGGGUGGUGGCAGGGGAGUGGCCCCCGAGGAGGGAUGGAACAGAUGGGGAGAGUCUUACUACUCCGAGCUGUGUGGGUCUGAACCUGAGGUCAGUGGGCCGAGGACACAUCAUGCAGAGAAGCAACAGUGACGUGACGCUGGGAGACCUGGACUCCUCUGGUAAGGCGGGAGGGAAGGCAACACGGGCGGUGGGGGAGAAGGCAGGUGCCGGGGCCCAGGAGGACUCAGGGGUGGUGCUGCACAGGGAGUAUGGAAGCCUCUCCUCACUGGAGAGACAGAUAGGUCUGUCAGGAAUACAGGACCCGAGUGCAGAGGACCAAGGCGUUCUGAGCCCCAACGCCCUCCGCUUCAAAGACCCCUUUCUGCUGCUGGGCCUGCAGGGAACCCCCCCAGAGCCUGACGGCUUCUUCAGGGCUCUGUCCACCCCCGCAGGAGACACCCCAAAACCAGCCAAGCCCCCAAAGCCUGAGGGGCUGAGCAAGAAGGCCAAGCCCUCUUCUCCACAGGUCCCCCAACCAGGUCCUUAUGACAACCUGGGUGGAGGAGCCUGGGUCAGGAAUGUUGCCCACUAUGAUGUCCAGAGCAUUUUGUUUGACCUCACAGAGGCGGCCAGCAACCGAGACAGCAUCGGCCGCAAAAAGAACAUCACCUCAGGGGCAUCGGCUGCCUCAACGAUGCGUCCCCUCACCCAAUCCACGCCCUCGCAGAGCGGGGGCGGUGUUGGGGGGGCUGUGGAGGACCCCUCCCUGGACGAAGGAGAUGGCAUCGACAACGAGCUGCUGCUCAGCUGCCCCCACUUCCGCAAUGAGAUGGGGGGUGAGGAGCGGGCGGGCCUGGGGAAUACGCAUGGCAGAGGGGGUCUGUGGCUAAGCCUGAGGAACCCCAACGAUGCUGUCUCAGUACUGGAGGAACCCAGAGAGAGCCACAUCCAACAGCAGGGCAAGAGCAACUAUUUCAUAGAACACGCAGACCUGGGAGCCCACUACUACCGCAAAUACUUCUACAUGAAAGAUCAUCAGAACUUCUUUGGCAUGGAUGACCGCCUUGGUCCAGUGGCCAUCAGCUUCCGUAGAGAGGAGAAGGAGGGGUCCAGUGGAGCUCAGUAUAACUACAGGAUCAUCUUCAGAACCACUGAGCUGAAGACUCUGCGAGGCUCCAUCCUGGAGGAGUCCGUGCCCUCAGCGGCCCGCCACACCACCCCCCGAGGCCUGUCUCCCAAGAGGCUCCUGGAGUUCAUCAUCCCAGAGCUCAACCUCCACUGCCUGCGCCUGGCCUCCACCUCACCCAAGGUCCGAGACACCCUGCUCAAGCUGGACGAACAAGGGCUGAACUUCCAGAGGAAGGUGGGGGUGAUGUACUGCCGUGCAGGCCAGAGCUCUGAGGAGGACAUGUAUAACAACGAGAGCUCGGGGCCGGCCUUCGAGGAGUUCCUGGAUCUGCUGGGGGAGCGGGUGAAUCUGAAAGGCUGGGAGAAGUACCGAGCUCAGUUGGACACCAAGACGGACUCAACAGGGACCCAGUCCCUCUACACACACUACCAGGACUAUGAGGUGAUGUUCCAUGUGUCCACCAUGCUGCCCUACACGGCCAACAACACACAACAGUUGCUGAGAAAGAGGCACAUUGGGAAUGACAUAGUGACCAUAGUGUUCCAGGAGCCAGGGGCUCUGCCCUUCACUCCUAAGGCCAUCCGCUCCCAUUUCCAACAUGUCUUCAUCAUCGUCCAGGUGGAACAGUCCUGCUCUGACCAUACCUACUACAAGGUGGCGGUGACACGCUCCAAAGACAUCCCGUUAUUUGGGCCUCUGUUCCCUAAGGGUGCUCGAUUCCCCCGUUCCCCUGCCUUCAGAGACUUCCUGCUGGCCAAGGCGGUGAACGCUGAGAACGCUGCCGAGAAGGCAGAGAAGUUCCGCUCCAUGGCCACGCGUACACGGCAGGAGUACCUGAAGGACCUGGCAGAGAACUACGUGACCACCACGCCAAUCGACUCCUCCACCAAGUUCCCCCUGCUGUCCCUGGGUAGCAAACGCAAAGACAAACUGAAGGGGGCCAAGGGGGCAGAGCUGCACAGUGCUGGGGCAUUGGUCUGGGCUGUGAUGGCCACCAGUGGGAAUGAGGGGGAGACAGGAGGACACAAGCUGCCCUGUCUACUGGGGGUCUCAGCUGAAUCAGUGGUGUUGAUCGAGAGAUACACACGGAGGGUGGUGUUCAACUGCUGCUGCCGCGAUGUGAUUGGCUGGAAGGCGGUGAUAGACAGCAGGGCCAUAGGCGGGCCUUGCCUGGAUAUCUUCUAUGAGAGGGGGGAGGCUGUGUCAAUCAGUGUGAUGGACAGCCAGGCGGAGGAGAUACGGGAGAUGGUGCAGAGACUAGAGUUGGUGACGCGGGGGUGCGAGGCACGGGAGGUGACCCCCCUGCGUGACGGGGUCGGCCAGCCAGGCUUCCUGAUGAGCGAGGAGGGCUUUGUGACGGAUCUGCAGCGGUUCGGCUAUGCGGAGAGCGGGGGUCUGCAGCUGGGGGCACGGGUGGUGCGUCUGUGUGGCCACGCCCUGGUGCACCUAGGACCAGAGGAAAGAACCAGACUGCUCCGCACCGCCCACAAGAUCCACAUCACCGUCAUCCCUCCAGAUGAGAACGGCAAGCCCCGCAGGAGUUUCUCAGAGUUAUACCAGAAAGCCAUCCAGGAUGCAGAGCGUAAGCCUGGGGAGGGCCAGUCUGGAGAGGCCUGGGUGCUGGACGAGGGGGAGGAGGAGGAAGAGAUGGAGGAAGAGGAGCGGGAACAGGGAGAGGGGAAGGAGGCGGAGACGAUGGAGGGACCAGCAGAGGGAGGAGAGGCUGAGGACAGGCUGUCAGAGACUGGACAGGGUGAGGAGGACCAGGGGGACCAGGGCUCCCUCCUCUCCCCACCCAGCCUGCCUCUGUUACGGGCCACCUCCCUGCAGGACCACCCACUCAACCAGACCGUGGAGAUCACCCCCUCCCAGCUAACACGCAGCUACUCCCUAGAGAGGCACCCGUCCUGCCGAGACACAUGUGACAGGCAUGUGUAUGACAACGUGGGUGUGAAGUUGAAACAUCACAUCUAUGAGAACCCAGGGGAGCUGAGAGACGCCACGCCUGACCUCAUCCUGGCUGUCAAACCCAAGAUGCCCCUGGACGACGAGCGGGCACAGAGACACACACAGUUUGUGGGGGCUGAGUUGGGUGAGGAGAGGCCAUCAGCGAGUGACCCCUCCCUGUCCUCCACCCGGUUGUCAUGUCUGAACAGAGCGGAGAGAAACUCCCGAGCCCUGAGCCUACACAACUCCAUCACCAAGAUCCUGUCAGAGACCACAGAUUCCUCAGAGGAGGAGUGGCAGUCUAUAGCUGAUCUAGCCACAGCAUGCCGCAGCAUCCUAGAAGCCCUGUCACGUGAAGCAGGAGAUGGGACCCAAGGAGCAGACUCCCUGACAGAUGGCAAGCUAAAGGACAUGAAGGACAGUGACUCACCGGGCCACCUGGAGGAGAAGGUGUCCCAGCUGGAGGACAUGCUGAAGAGGCUGCAGGACGACUUGCAAAAGGAGAAGGAGGACAAGGCGGUGCUGCAGGCCGAGGUGCAGAGCCUCAGGCAGAAUAACCAGCGGCUGCAGGAGGAAUCCCAGAGCACCGUGGCCCGCCUCAUCAAAGUCACCGAGCUGCUGUGCAAUGUCAACAAGCCCUGCUAGCUCUGUCACAGUACACACUAUGUGUACACAGACACACAAACACACACACAAGAUCACACACAAACAAACGCAGACAAUCAAGAUCAUAAACACAUUCCGGACACACCACAUUCAAUAUUGUAUACAAACACCCAUGCACAAUACAUCAACAUACUCUAUUACUGUUGCUCACUGUAUAUUAAUACAGACACACACACACACACACACGCAUAAUACUCUGCAUUCUGUAGAAUGAUAUUUGAACUCUGGACCAGCCCAUGAGUGUCAAACCAACUGAAAAACAACCCUGAGUCAUUUCUCACCAUCUGAUGGUCUUCUCAAUAGCUUGACCAGUUGAGAGGCAUGUCCAGGGUUGCUCUUUACCCAAUAGUGUGUUUCUUUGUACCGUGAGUGUGCGCGUGCGUGCAUCACCAUGGUUAUUUUAUCUUGCUUCACAUACUUGACAAGUUGGGCAGAAUAGCAAUUGCGUAAAGCUACCCAGUUGAUUUAGAUGAAGAGACACAUGUGCAGCAUGUUUGAUGGCUGUUUAUUUCAAUUGACCCAAAGUGUGUGUACAGUAUGUAAACAGUAGUCUCUCUCCUCUCUGCUCAACCCUCUCCAUGAUAUGCAACGUCUCGGACUGAGAACAAACAGCUCAGCUGUGCACCAUUAGAGGGGAUGGCCUAGGAGCUACAUAGGGAAAAUGACAUGCAUGCUUGAAAAGACGGACUGAUGCAUACUGACCCUUCCUCUCUCUGCCAACCUGCUCACAGAAUGGUUAGUUCGUUGUGUAGAGACACUAUUCUCUCCCCUCCCUACCGACUCAGCUUCAUUUGAAGGGUUAUGGACUUGAGUCGGCAAGUAACAGAGUAUUUCACAUCUGCUUUCAGGGAAUGAGAUGCAAUUUAGUUAUAAGGGAAUUGACUCACCGAAUGCACUCAGAGAGCUGGAUAUGGAAGUGGAUAAUACCUUGGAUGAGGAUGAAACAAUGGAACUUUAUCCCUUAAAGAAUGGCUGUAGAAGCUACACUGUAGAAAGUACGCCUCCUGCUGGACUGAGCCAUGCAUUGCCACACGGCAGCUCUCCUUUCAAAGAAAAAAAAACAUUGUAGAGAUUUAAUGUAAACUGAACAGGAUUCCUUUAGUGAACACAGCCAUCUGUGUUCAAUUAUAUUUUGUGUUUGUUUGUUUGCUGGCUACAAUGAUACUUCAGUGUAUUUUACAUUUAUUCGGAAAGGUUCUAGAGUGGUUGACUGUGGGUGAGGGAUUCCCUCAUUUCAUCUUUCUGUGUGUGUGUACCUACUGUAUGUGUUUCUGCGUUGUUUUUGCACUUUUAGCAUAACCUAUAUGGGCAUGGGCCAGGGCACUAUUUAACCUCCUGCCCAGGUUUAUGCCUUGCUUGAAAAAUGAAAGUGGAUUUGAUCUCACCCCACCUCAUCUUCAGGUCCACUGCUGAUGACGCCAAUAACAAUAUGAGAUCAGAGGAGGACGGGAUUAUUCCUCCUCCAAGACUGUUCUGCCAAAAGACGCCAGGGCAGAUCUCCUACACCCCACUCAGACCACUGGACCCAGCUGUGACACGCCCAAAAUAACUAGACUUAAAAUUUGGAAGGAAUGCCAAACAAUCGUCAAUCACACUGUCUCAAUGCUACUUUUUAAAGACCUACCCUUUUACUUCCUCUUGUGAUUUUAUUUUAGAGUCACUGUGAUUGCCCGGUACCAGCAGAUUACAAUAUAUUCUAAUUAAAUAAAACAUCUAGACUAUAUCUAUAUGUGAAGAUGACAUGUACAGCUGAAGUGUUUAAUGUUACUUAGCGCAUUCGGUUGUGUAUGCUGUCCAUUGCAGGAUGGUUUAAUAUGCAGACCAGUGUAAAUGUGGCCGAACAGGCUGUUUGAUCCAUGCUGUUUGAAAUGGUGAUGCCUUGUUGGAAAUGAUUAGUAGAGUUGAGAAGUGGAAGAAUAUCUGAUGUUUUACUGUGUUCUUCUGUAUAGUUCUUUAGAUUCUAGGAGGUUGUUGAAGCAUGAUACUGCACCAGGCAACUUCCCUGCUCCCCUGUGUGUGUGUGUGUGUGUGUGUGUGUGUGUGUGUGUGUGUGUGUGUGUGUGUGUGUGUGUGUGUGUGUGUGUGUGUGUGUGUGUGUGUGUGUGUGUGUGUGUGUGUGUGUGUGUGUGUGUGUGUGUAUGUGUAUGUAUGUAUGUAUAAAAAUGUAAUAACUUAUUAAUCUUGCAAAUGUGGAAUUCCUUGUUGGAUGUUUUAAUACAGGGGGGGUGGGAAGCAAUUACAUGUGCUAAAAAGUUCAACUGGUAUGGUGGGGGUUGGUUUUAAGGAAUAAUCUUUUUUGGUAGAAAUUCAAACAUAAGAAGACAGCAGGAAAUAUAUUUCUGCAAUGUUCUAGUAUUUCUUGGGGAAAUAAUAUUGGUUAUCAUUGUCAUAUUACUAUUGAGCUAUUCAUUCAGAGCUCCUACGUUCACAUUCAAUAAGGUCUCUAAAGCCACUAGGUACGUGUUAAAGAGUGACUCUCAGACUGUCCACAGAGGACCGGACAGACAGCAUGGUCAGACUGGUUCAUGUGAAGGCUUCUCUCUCAGACAAUGAACGGUAACUCAGCUUGGUGUCUUCAUUUCAGUUCUUUAUGGUAGCAGACAGUGACAGGUUGUCCUGUACCCUCCAGAAUAGACAGGUGUGUCUGCCACAUGACAGACGCAGAUGUACGGUUGGUUGGUAUGGGGUCUCUCCAGGGUCCGCUCUGCAGCCCUAAUUAAAUCUAAAAGAAGACCGACAAUAAGAUGGGUUUAGGGACCCCAGGAAAUUGUCAAAUGGGUUAUAUGAAGACGAUAUGAAGUUUGUGUUUUGUUAGGUUAAUGGGAAUUAUUCUGUAUAGCACUGGUUAAAGACCAGUAUCUCCAACCCUAUCAAAAUAUAAUCAUUUGAUGCAGAAAAACUUUCCACAAUAAUUUGGACAAGUAUAAACCAUCCUCCAAAUCACACUCUUGAGUGCACUUUGAAGACCCAUUUAUGCAUCACAGAACACAGAACGUAUGUCUGACACCUAACACAGAACGUAUGUCUGACACCUAACAGAGUGUAUGUCUGACAUCUAACACAGAGCGUAUGUCUGACACCUAACACAGAGCGUAUGUCUGACACCUAACAACACAUUACAGAUAGUAACAAUUCAAUAGGCUUUCACCUGCUGUAUGCUACUUCAGCUGGCAAAUGAUCUCCAACCAGCCAAUAGGAAACCUGUGAGAAAGAUCCCUGGUAGAGACAUGUGGCUGUUCCCUCCUCCCCUCCAUGCUGUAAGAGCACAGAUAAAUGGACAGUGUUUUCCUGUUAUCCUCUUAUUGGUUUUGCCUUUUAUGUCAUGGCACCAUCCUUACAGGAAACCAUGGCAUCAGUAUAUGCCCUACUUACCACACAAGAGCUGGAAUGUCAAGAUAGAAUAGAGGACAUGAUUACCAGUAGAACUCCACAUGAAGUCAUAUCCUGGUGUAGGUUUACGGCAGGCCUGGGCCACACGUCAGGUCAGAAAGGUAGCACACAUUAUGCACUCAGCUCAGCCAGUUAAAAACGUUACCAUAACCAGGCAGUGGCACACUGAGGGAACGUAUUGUAAAACACUAAAAAACAUGUUUUCAGUAUGAUGCCACCUCUAAACCUGUUCUUUCCCUCACAGGAAGUCAACUGACUAAAUGUUGUUCAUGUACUGUGAACUGGAGGACAUGGCAAUAAAGAAUCCUUUAGAAGUGA